ACACUGUUCAACUGAGGGACCGAGUUAGUGAGACACACGGAGCUCAAGAAAGACAGAAAGUAGGAAGUACAUGUAAACCUCACUACUUUGAAGGAACUGUCUGAGCAGUGAUAUUUUUACUUUGUAUGGGAGGCAGGAAGCAGAACAACUGUCUGUGGAGAUGGGAAGUACAACCCCCCCAGUGUACCUCAAUGUGAGUGCAGAGAUGAACUCGUCUUCAGACCUCUCUAGGAAUGAGGAGGGUUAUAGUGAGGCAGCAAUGAUCCUGCUGGGCAUGAUCAUGUCCUUACUGGUUUUGUGCAUCGUCUUUGGCAACAUACUGGUUAUCAUAGCGAUUGCCCGCUUCCAGCGUCUCCAAAAUGUCACAAACUGUUUCAUCACAUCCCUGGCCUGCGCCGAUCUCGUCAUGGGGCUCAUUGUGGUUCCUUUCGGUGCCUGCUACAUCAUUUUCAAGACCUGGCACUUUGGUAGUUUCUGGUGUGAGUUCUGGACUGCGACUGAUGUACUCUGUGUGACAGCAAGCAUCGAGACCCUGUGUGUCAUCGCCAUAGACCGUUAUUUGGCCAUCACUUCUCCCUUCCGCUACCAGUCGAUGCUGACCAAGUGCAAAGCUCGCAUUGUGGUUGUGCUGGUGUGGGUGAUCGCCGCCUUAAUAUCAUUCCUGCCCAUCCACAUGAAGUGGUGGACAUCAGAUGAUGAGAAAGCUAAGGAGUGCAUUCAGAAUAGUAGCUGCUGCGAGUUCUACACCAACAUGGUCUACGCCAUCACCUCCUCCAUCAUCUCCUUCUACAUCCCUUUGGUCAUCAUGGUUUUUGUCUACGGCCGCGUUUUCCAGGAGGCCAAGCACCAGCUGAAGAAGAUUGACCAAAGCGUUGGGCGCUUUCACAAUAGCGACAACAGCAACUUUAAAUCUUUGGAGGCCAACAAUGGGCGUGGCCAGAAAAAAGUUAAGUUUUGCCUGCGGGAACACAAAGCCCUAAAGACACUGGGUAUCAUCAUGGGGAUCUUCACUCUGUGCUGGCUGCCCUUCUUUUUGCUCAAUGUGGUGGUGGCCAUAUGGAAAGUGGAGGACAUUGACCUCACCUUUAGGAUACUCAACUGGAUAGGUUAUGCAAACUCUGCUUUCAACCCGCUCAUUUACUGCCGGAGUCCUGAAUUCAGGUAUGCAUUCAAAGAAAUCCUUUGCAUGAAGAGGAACCGACUCAGCACUCCCGGACACGUGAAUGGAUACAUCUACAGCAGGCACAGCUGGCAGAGCGAGCAGCAAGGGAGGAGUAAGAACAGCUCAGAAGACAGUGAUGCCAAUGAAGGCUGUCUGGGGAAUGAAGAGGGGGUCUGUAGUGCUGCGGACAGAGCAGUGGAUCCAAACGGGAAUUGCAGCAAAAGCUUAUCGACUGUAACAACUGCCCUGUAAACUUGGAGCUCUGAGACUUCUGUGGGCAAGGAAAUCCAUGUGUUUACACUGCUAUCAUAAACCUUUUUUUUUUUUUCCAAAUGACUGAUAAUGAAGGUAAGGCCAGUCGAACUGAGUGGCAGAAUCUCUGUAAAGAAACUGUACAAACCAUGUUCAACUGAGGAAAGCAUUUCUUUCCCUUUUCAAACACAGUGAGUAAAUACUGUAGGUAGAUCACUUUUGCUUUUUGUUACAUUGAUUUAAUUGCCUUUGCAUCUACCUCAUCACAUCUUUCAAUAUUAGAAUCUUAAGUGACAUUCACAUUAACUCGAUUUCCACAGGAGGUUAACUAGGGCAGUAUCUCAGCUGUUUAUUUACCUAAAUGUACUGUGGAUUGUGUACCUGAUAUUCAUCUGGCUUCAACUAAAAUUGUGGGCAUGCUAUUUAUCCCCAAAUUCAUCAAGAAAAAGCCCAUGAUUGUGAUUGACUUAAAAAAUGUUUUUGAAUUGCAAAGUUAGUGGGGGUUGUCAGCUCCUAUUGAGCACACCGGUUUGGCACGCCUAUCAAGUAACUUGUUUCCAUCAGAGAAUGGAAGAGGUGCAUGGCAGGAUUAAAAAUGAUGCCUCUUUGGUGCUUUGUUUCAAGAAAUACAUUCCAAGUCAACCAAGAUUUUAAUCCUUUAGUUUGCUUUUUUUUUUAUGAUUGUCUGAGUGUGAAAGAUGAUCAGCAGCAGGUGUGACCAAACCUCACUCUAUCUCUCCUCACUGCUCAGCAAUGUUGUAAGGCCCUGCUCCCUGCUGUAGUCUUUUACAGGCUGUUGCAUUUGAGUUUCUGCUGCCAGCAGAUAUCACCAAAGAUAUGAAUGUUCGCAGUAAACUACAUCUCUGGUGCAUUCUGAGAAACGCCUGUGGACAUCCUGAGUUAGUCAUAAGAUAAAACUUGCAAGUUUGUGUACACCCUAUCAGCAAGAUUCUGUUAUCAGUGCGUAAGAGAUCCAAUAUCUUUCACUGCAAAGCCGAUAGCCUUAUGGAUAAUGUGGCUGAUACUGAAUAUUAAGCUUUAAAUCUUGCAGCUGUUUCUUAUAUGAAUUCCAAAUCACAUUUUUUUCAAUUUUACUAUGCACAGCCCAAACCUGUCACACCUUGCAUUCUGUCGACCUGCUCUUCUGUGUGACAUAUAAACCACCAUUUGGUACCCUGUCCAGCCAUCAGACAAGUGUAGGAAAAACGAUCAGUCUUUUCAUUCCCCUCUAUGCAACAAUAGCAGUUGUCCCCUUCUUUGCACAAGCCUUGUUUGUUUAUUAAAUCUUGUGGUUGCUGCGUUUCAGCAUGUACAGUGUUUACUGAAACCAGAGAAUCCGUUUCCUCAGUCAUGGCACAAGGGUACAAACCACACGUAAUAAUAAACAGUGCGUCAAAAUAGCCAAGUGAUAACAAAGUUCCAGGCCUGAGACAUGACGCUGGUGACCACCCAGCCCAAUAAACAGAGAUGAAAAAAACAGUCAGUGCUCCUAUAUAGUGCACCUUUGUCACCACUCAGUGACAGUUCCCAGAGUCUCCUCAGUGUCUACAGACUCCUGAAAUCAGUUUAAGAUUCAGAUAAGAUUCGGAGGGGCCCACAGAAGAGUGCAGUUUCAGUUCUUUCAGUCAGUUUUGGUCUCUCUUCUCUAGACACUUCUUGAUGACUCCAGGAAACGCCCUACAUCCAGCUGAGCCCAGCCCAAUAAACAUGAAUAAAUACAUUAUCUCCGCUGUUUCGCUGCAGAAUCAGAUAACUUGCUUUGAAAAACAACAUGAAAAAAGAUUAGAGGAUUACCAAGUAUACAGUUUCCAAUUUGCAGGUUUGAUGAGGUCCAGAGGGCUAACCUAAAAUGAGACUUUCUUUCUUAUCGCCCAUCUUGGGAUCGCAGGCUCUUGGAAAUGUCAGUUUUAUACAGAGGCGAGCAUUAAUGGGGCAUGAGCACUUAACCUUCAGGACUUUAACUGGAGAAAUCAGCCACUUGUCCCCACAUUAAAUGUCUUGCAAGAUUAUUAGUACCAAGAGGGGUAAUGAAGGUGUGGCUACAGAUGUGACCCCUUUCCCCUGCCAGCAUGGCUGUCUCGAGUAUGUUCUGAUCAAAGUGACAGCAUGCUAAAUGUGGCGACUGAAGGCGGGAGGUGGGGGGACCGGGGAUUCUCUGCCAGUCUAAAUUGGUGUCAGUGACCUGUGUUUUAGUGCAUGUAGCAUUGCCUCUGCAUGGAUAAGGUCAGAUGACGCCAUGAAACUGUGAACUUUGUUCUCUCAGAGGAAUCUCUAUGUACUGUAUUGCUGAGUUUGAUCAGUGCUGUUGUCACAGACCUUAGGAACAGACGUAAAUACGGUGUCAUCAUACGUCAGUGUUUGCCAUGUGAAAAACAAGCUUUCCACUACUUUGAUCUUUUUCUGUUUUUCUUUUUACGUUUUACAGCAAAGUAAAUGCAAGGGGUUGAAUGUCGAAACAAGUGAUCUCCAGCAUCUUUUAAAUGUUUUCACUGUCCAGCAUGCACAAAGCACAAAAGAUUGUAGACCAAGUUUUUUUUAAUAUGUUGCAUUUAUUUGCUUACAAUCAAUUGAUGCCGUGGCUCUAAAUGAAGUCCAUGCUGUUUUUGAAAAAGUCUGUAUCUAAAACGUGUAAUUUCAGAAGCACUGCGGAAGUGAUCGUUUGCAUGUCUGCUUUAUAUUUGUGGUGAUGUGUUUGUGAUCUGUGUUGACCUAAGGUUAUGAACUAUAUAUCCACACUGCUCCCUCCUGGCAGUGCCCUAUCCUUGCACCUCUGCUGUCUCAGAGUUAUUAAUGGUUACUGUUUUACCAAUACGCCUGUAUAAUAAGGCAUGUAAUUCAUGCCUUCACCUCCCCAGUUGCUGGAGGACACAACACUGUUAUGUGCAAUGAGUCUUGAAUGACUAGCUGACACUACCACAUUCCAAGCACAGCUGAUGGUUUGGAACCAUGCCUACUGAUGCAGACAAUGUACAUUCAGUUCUCCUGCUAAUGGCUGGUCCCAGAUUCUCUAUUUUACCCACUGGUAUGGUUAUACUGACUCAGCUAAAACAAAGGAGUCUUUUAAAAGUGGAUUAUGGGUCUCAGACAAGUCUUAGGAUAUUUUACAAUGUAGCAUGCACAUAUAUUCAGCAUAAAAUCAUGUAUUUGAAAAGCAUAUAUUUAAAUAUGAUCCAAGUUUAGGUGAGGUAAUACCCAUGCUGUGCUCACUGAUCCACUAUUGUUUCUGUUAGAUAAGAUUCACUUUGCCCCAUGAGAAUAACUCCCACUUGAUUCAGAUUAAGCAGUUAACUUACUAAAAGCAGCACUAUAUAGCACUUUCAUGAAAUAUCUGUUGAGACGUUGUACAACUAAAUACACUUUUGAGUUCAUGACUACAAACGAUUUUGUCAAAUCCCCCUGUACCACACUAUUUAUGUGGAAGUUCUGCAACACGAGAUAAAACGUCAUGAGAAAAGGAUCACUGCAGCAUCUCAGCACAAACGCUGCCAGAGGUGGACACUUGUAAAUGUGAAUUUUCUAUGAUAGCUAAAUAUUGCUUUCGCUGUUGUAUGAAAACCUGUCACAUGUGAACCUUUCCUGUGUGCAGAGUGAAAAAAAAAGGUCUUCACUCAGCUGAAUGUUUACUAAAUGUUUGCAAGCUAUUUUCGCACAAGUUCUUGUCACUGUUUGUUGAGGUAUUGGAGCCUGUGACAAUAUGUGGUGUCCUGUGGUAUUUAUUACAAAAACAACAACAAGUGUAUGUAACAUUUGUAUUGAAAUAAAUUAUUUACUUGUCGCAUGCAACGUC